AUGGCCAUUAAAGGCAUUAUAUAUCUUAACAAUGACCAGAUCAAGGGAUUCGAUAAGUACAAGCUUAUGCAAUGCAAUGACAGUGUCACCAGGUAUUUUUGGAUCAAAUUCAAUAUAAAUCUGAGUGUCAUCUGCAUAGACAUUCCUGGGCCAACCACAGAUCCUUGUGGCACACCAAACUCUAAGUACAGCAGCCUGGAUACGUCACCAUUAGCUACCUAUGUCCUGCAUCCAUUUUGGAAUGCACUUGUCAAGUUAUUCCCUAUGUGGUUGGCUCCAAACCUCAUGACCUUCAUUGGGUUCUUGUUCUUCGUGUGCCAGUUCCUGCUUGUAGCCUAUUACGACUGGGACUUCUGCGGUAGCAACAGGAACAAGGUUGAGUAUCCACCCAUUCCUGGAUGGGUUUGGGUUGUUGCAGGCAUCUGCCAGUUUGCCGGACAUUCCUUAGAUGGAUUAGAUGGUAAGCAAGCUCGGAGAACUGGCUCAAGUACACCACUGGGGGAGCUCUUUGACCAUGGAAGUGACAGUAUCCUGUGUGGUCUCAUGCCGAUUGCAGCCGUUUCGGUCUAUGGCAAAGGCUGGGAGGAUUAUGGAGGAUCAAGUUGGAUAUUCUUUGUGGCACAGUGGCAUAUUACUGGGGCUUUCUUCUUAUCUCACUGGGAGAAAUAUCUGACAGGGGUCUUUUACCUCCCUUGGAGCUCCGACUUUAGUCAAUUGUCUAUGGCUAUAGUAUACCUGUUGACUGGAAUAUUUGGUUAUGAAGUCUGGAAAGUUACUCUCCCACUUGGAAUUCAGUUUAACUACCUAUUUCUUGGUAUAUGUUUUGAAGAGAUCACCUUCUUUGGUUUCGCAUUUACGGUUAUGCUCGCUGGUGUAAUAUUUUUUUCAUUGCCACUAUCCCUCUACAAUAUAUACAGUUCAUACCAAGAUGGAACAGGGAAGAAUCGUUCCUUCGGUGAAGCCAUGUGGCCUGUGGUCCCCAUGAUUGUUCUCUUCCUGACCUCUCUUUUCUGGGUUAUAUACUCGCCAACCGAUGUCUUAGAAUACCAUACCAGGAUAUUUCUACUUACUUUCUCCGCUGUCUUUUCUAAUAUAACGGUCCGAUUGAUCAUCAGUCAGAUGUCUGAUACAUUAGCUUCUACAAACAACUCUUUAUUGAUGCUAUAUGGAGUGGCAGCGUUCGCAGUCUGUGUUCUAGGACUCGCAGAGUACGAGGUUCGCAUUCUUCAUGGUCUGUUUGUCGUCAUAGAACUCCUGCAUUUCCACUACUUAGUUUCGGUGGUUAUUCAACUAUGCGAUCACUUCAAUGUCCAUGCCUUCUCUAUUACCUCACGUCCGAGACAGAAGAACCAUGACAAUUGAGAUGAUACAAGUUCUGUCAUCGGUCAAUACUCAGGUAAUAAGGGCUAUGGGCAGACCAAUAGCCAAUCAGAAAUGAGCUUUCUUCACUUGCAACCCUACCUCAGGUUCCAUACAACUAAACUAAUAUUUCAUGUAUCAUUAGAGGUUAUUGAUUCCAUUACUGGUGAAAGGUAUUUUUGAAAAGUCGUACUCAUUAUGUUUUAAUACUCGUAAGGUUUAUCAUGUUUUUUUUUAUAUUUGUUUUGAAUAAGGUGUUGCUUGGGAUUUGCUUUAAGUAUUCCUUUCCCGGCAUCCAUGCAACUCCCCUUAUUCUAUCGUUUUGUAUAUUUUGUUUAUAUGUUUGACUAUGCAGAAUAAAGUAAUAAUAAUAAUAAUAAUAAU